GAGGCCGCGGCGAGUAAAGUCCGGGGCCUUUUGCUGCAGCGCCCGCGCGCCCAGAGGCCCUGCCAGACACGCGCGAGGUCCGAGGCUGAGAUGGAUCUUGAGGCGGCAAAGAACGGAACAGCCCGGCGCCCCAGGAGCGCGGAGGGCGACUUUGAACUGGGCAUCAGCAGCAAAGAAAACAGGAAAAAAACGAAGAAAGUGAAAAUGAUUGGAGUAUUAACAUUGUUUCGAUACUCCGAUUGGCAGGAUAGAUUGUUUAUGUUGCUGGGUACCUUCAUGGCCAUAGCUCAUGGAUCAGGUCUCCCCCUCAUGAUGAUAGUAUUUGGAGAGAUGACUGACAAAUUUGUAGAUACUGCAGGAAACUUCUCCUUUCCAGUGAACUUUUCAUUGUCGCUGCUAAAUCCAGGCAAAAUUCUGGAAGAAGAAAUGACUAGAUAUGCAUAUUACUACUCAGGAUUGGGUGCUGGAGUUCUUGUUGCUGCCUAUAUACAAGUUUCAUUUUGGACUUUGGCAGCUGGUCGACAGAUCAGGAAGAUUAGGCAAAAGUUUUUUCAUGCUAUUCUACGACAGGAAAUAGGAUGGUUUGACAUCAACGACACCACUGAACUCAAUACGCGGCUAACAGAUGACAUCUCCAAAAUCAGUGAAGGAAUUGGUGACAAGGUUGGAAUGUUCUUUCAAGCAGUAGCCACGUUUUUUGCAGGAUUCAUAGUGGGAUUCAUCAGAGGAUGGAAGCUCACCCUUGUGAUAAUGGCCAUCAGCCCUAUUCUGGGACUCUCUGCAGCCGUUUGGGCAAAGAUACUCUCGGCAUUUAGUGACAAAGAACUAGCUGCUUAUGCAAAAGCAGGCGCCGUGGCAGAAGAGGCUCUGGGGGCCAUCAGGACUGUAAUAGCUUUCGGGGGCCAGAACAAAGAGCUGGAAAGGUAUCAGAAACAUUUAGAAAAUGCCAAAGAGAUUGGAAUUAAAAAAGCUAUUUCAGCAAACAUUUCCAUGGGUAUUGCCUUCCUGUUAAUAUAUUCAUCAUAUGCACUGGCCUUCUGGUAUGGAUCCACUCUAGUCAUAUCAAAAGAAUAUACUAUUGGAAAUGCAAUGACAGUUUUUUUUUCAAUCCUAAUUGGAGCUUUCAGUGUUGGUCAGGCUGCCCCAUGUAUUGAUGCUUUUGCCAAUGCAAGAGGAGCAGCAUAUGUGAUCUUUGAUAUUAUUGAUAAUAAUCCUAAAAUUGACAGUUUUUCAGAGAGAGGACACAAGCCAGAAAGCAUCAAAGGGAAUUUGGAGUUCAAUGAUGUUCACUUUUCUUACCCUUCUCGAGCUAACGUCAAGAUCUUGAAGGGCUUCAACCUGAAGGUGCAGAGUGGGCAGACGGUGGCCCUGGUUGGAAGCAGUGGCUGUGGGAAGAGCACAACAGUCCAGCUGAUACAGAGGCUCUAUGACCCUGAUGAGGGCACGAUUAACAUUGAUGGGCAGGAUAUUAGGAACUUUAAUGUAAGCUAUCUGAGGGAAAUCAUUGGUGUGGUGAAUCAGGAGCCGGUGCUGUUUUCCACCACAAUUGCUGAAAAUAUUCGUUAUGGCCGUGAAAAUGUAACCAUGGAUGAGAUAAAGAAAGCUGUCAAAGAGGCCAACGCCUAUGAGUUUAUCAUGAAAUUACCACAGAAAUUUGACACCCUGGUUGGAGAGAGAGGGGCCCAGCUGAGUGGUGGGCAGAAGCAGAGGAUUGCCAUUGCACGUGCCCUGGUUCGCAACCCCAAGAUCCUCCUGCUGGAUGAGGCCACAUCAGCAUUGGACACAGAAAGUGAAGCUGAGGUACAGGCAGCUCUGGAUAAGGCCAGAGAAGGCCGGACCACCAUUGUGAUAGCACAUCGACUGUCUACGGUCCGAAAUGCAGAUGUCAUCGCUGGGUUUGAGGAUGGAGUAAUUGUGGAGCAAGGAAGCCACAGCGAACUGAUGAAGAAGGAAGGGGUGUACUUCAAACUUGUCAACAUGCAGACAUCAGGAAGCCAGAUCCAGUCAGAAGAAUUUGAACUAAAUGAUGAAAAGGCUGCCACUGGAAUGGCCCCAAAUGGCUGGAAAUCUCGCCUAUUUAGGCAUUCUACUCAGAAAAACCUUAAAAAUUCACAAAUGUGUCAGAAUAGCCUUGAUGUGGAAACCGAUGGACUUGAAGCAAAUGUGCCACCAGUGUCCUUUCUGAAGGUCCUGAAACUGAAUAAAACAGAAUGGCCCUACUUUGUCGUGGGAACAGUAUGUGCCAUUGCCAAUGGGGGGCUUCAGCCGGCAUUUUCAGUCAUAUUCUCAGAGAUCAUAGAGAUUUUUGGACCAGGCGAUGAUGCAGUGAAGCAGCAGAAAUGCAACAUAUUCUCUUUGCUUUUCUUAUGUCUGGGAAUUAUUUCUUUUUUUACUUUCUUCCUUCAGGGUUUCACGUUUGGGAAAGCUGGCGAGAUCCUCACCAGGAGACUGCGGUCAAUGGCUUUUAAAGCAAUGCUAAGACAGGACAUGAGCUGGUUUGAUGACCAUAAAAACAGUACUGGUGCACUUUCUACAAGACUUGCCACGGAUGCUGCCCAAGUCCAAGGAGCCACAGGAACCAGGUUGGCUUUAAUUGCACAGAAUAUGGCUAACCUUGGAACUGGUAUUAUCAUAUCAUUUAUCUACGGUUGGCAGUUAACCCUACUGCUAUUAGCAGUUGUUCCAAUUAUUGCUGUAUCAGGAAUUGUUGAAAUGAAAUUGUUGGCUGGAAAUGCCAAAAGAGAUAAAAAAGAACUGGAAGUUGCUGGAAAGAUUGCAACAGAGGCAAUAGAAAAUAUUAGGACAGUUGUGUCUUUGACCCAGGAAAGAAAAUUUGAAACAAUGUAUGUUGAAAAAUUGUAUGGACCUUACAGGAAUUCCGUGCAGAAGGCACACAUCUAUGGAAUUACUUUUAGUAUCUCACAAGCAUUUAUGUAUUUUUCCUAUGCCGGUUGUUUUCGAUUUGGUGCGUAUCUAAUUGUGAAUGGACAUAUGCGCUUCAGAGAUGUUAUUCUGGUGUUUUCUGCAAUUGUGUUUGGUGCAGUGGCUCUAGGACAUGCCAGUUCAUUUGCUCCAGACUAUGCUAAAGCUAAGCUGUCUGCAGCCCACUUAUUCAUGCUGUUUGAAAGACAACCUGUGAUUGACAGCUACAGUGAAGAGGGGCUGAAGCCUGAUAAAUUUGAAGGAAAUAUAACAUUUAAUGAAGUCGUGUUCAACUAUCCCACCCAACCAAACGUGCCAGUGCUUCAGGGGCUGAGCCUGGAGGUGAAGAAAGGCCAGACACUAGCCCUGGUGGGCAGCAGUGGCUGUGGGAAGAGCACGGUGGUCCAGCUCCUGGAGCGGUUCUACGACCCCUUGGCGGGGACAGUGCUUCUCGAUGGUCAAGAAGCAAAGAAACUCAAUGUCCAGUGGCUCAGAGCUCAACUUGGAAUCGUGUCUCAGGAGCCUAUCCUAUUUGACUGCAGCAUUGCCGAGAAUAUUGCCUAUGGAGACAACAGUCGGGUUGUAUCACAGGAUGAAAUUGUGAGUGCAGCCAAAGCUGCCAACAUACAUCCUUUCAUCGAGACGUUACCCCACAAAUAUGAAACAAGAGUGGGAGAUAAGGGGACUCAGCUCUCAGGAGGUCAAAAACAGAGGAUUGCUAUUGCCCGAGCCCUCAUCAGACAACCUCAAAUCCUCCUGUUGGAUGAAGCUACAUCAGCUCUGGAUACUGAAAGUGAAAAGGUUGUCCAAGAAGCCCUGGACGAAGCCAGAGAAGGCCGCACCUGUAUUGUGAUUGCUCACCGCCUGUCCACCAUCCAGAAUGCAGACUUAAUAGUGGUGUUUCAGAAUGGGAGAGUCAAGGAGCAUGGCACGCAUCAGCAGCUGCUGGCACAGAAAGGCAUCUAUUUUUCAAUGGUCAGUGUCCAGGCUGGUACACAGAACUUAUGAACUUUUGCUACAGUAUAUUUUAAAAAUAAAUUCAAAUUAUUCUACAAUUUUAUCUGACUUGUAAAAUAAGUUUCUGGUUUGUCAUCAUAAAACAUAGGUGUAUCUCAUUCUAGAUCAAUUUAGAAAACCCAAUUUGGGGUUUAUUACGGCAUUUGAAAUUUGAGAGUUAGAAGUGACACUUGUCUUGAUGAAGUAUUAAAACAACAGGCUGGCUCUCCCUAAGUUAUUAGAAACAUCCAGAAAAAGAACAAAAUUCAAGAUCAGUACAGGCGUAGAAAUACAGAAGCCACAGACAUAGGGAAAUGGUCUUAUGGUCCUGAAUGGGUUGGGUAGACAGGAAAGUUUGGGAAUAAUUUUCCCAAGUACAAAAGAAAAAAAAUUGUUCAAUAGCCUCAUCUCUCUUGGUAAUUUUCUAAAUAAUUCUAUUGUAGAAUCAAAGUUUUUUAAAUGAAUGAAUUUCCAGCUUUAUCAUCCGACAUUAAGAGAAAAUGAAAUUGCCCCUACUAGCUAAAUCUGAAAGCACAUAUCGGUUCCAUAAAGCAAGAAAGAGCCCUAUCAUUAAGUAUUUUUUUAAAGUUUUAAACUCAUUAAUUUAAAAUGUACAAUUAUCAAUAGAAUUCCAAAUAUCAAACAUCAAUGAUACAUGCUGAGUUUCUAUAGCAACUGUGUUCUCUUUUAUAAAUAGACUACUUUUCCCAGAAUAUCCGUUUUUCCUACCAGGAAAGGUAUGUUUAAAUGGAAAGCAAAAAAUAUUAUAGACAACCCCUAGAAACUAACCACACUGAAAUGUUUCAAUAAUUUUCCCUUUGUUUUCUCCACAAUUUUCUGCAACAAAUUAGUUCUUAGCGCUCUAUCAGGUUGUUAAAUUCAGUAAAUUAUCCAAAGUUUUUCUAACUGUAAUAAGCCAUAUUACCAAAGAAUUUUUCAAACGUGACCACUGUGUGAGUGGAUGAAAUUUCAGAUUAACCAAGACAAAAGUGGGGCAAAAAGUACGUUACUGCAGUGACCCAAAGUAGUGUUUGACCUAUUCCUGUAUAAUGAUUCCCAAACUUGCCUGAUCAGAAUCAUGGGACAUCUAUUCCUAAACAAAAUAAUUGACUCAGUAGGUCUGGGUUGAGGCCCAGGAAUCUGUUUUUUAAAAUGCACUCUAGGUGAUUAUUCAUAUCAGGCAAGUUAGGAAAAGUGGUGAGGUGUGAGUGAGAGGAGGUUUCUGUGCAGGUGAUGCAGUUUCCAAAAUACCCAACUCAAUACACAUUAUAGGUUGAGUAUUCUUAUCUAAAAUGCUUGGGAUCAGAAGUGUUUCAUAUUUCAGAAUAUUUGCAUUAUACUCACUGGCUAAGCAUCCCAAGUCCAGAAAUCCUAAAUGUUCCAAUGAGCAUUUCCUUAUGUCAGCACUCAAAAUGUUUUGGAUUUUGGAGCAUUUCUGGUGUUCAGAUUUGGGAUGCUCAACCUGUACUUAUAAACCAACCAAAUGAUUCUAAAUGCCCUCGCUAUCUAGUUUAAAACCCUCCACUACAGUGAGGGGAAAAGGUUCUUAGUUCAGAUCUUAUCUUCCUUUUCUAUACCAACUGUGAAGAAAUGUAUCAAAUGCCACAGAAGCCAACUCUGAAUGUUUUCACAGAGAAAUAGUACUGGUGCUUUUCAGGACAGAGGCUGGCACAGCGUAAAGGGCUUAACUGUUAGUAAUAAACCAGUCUCAUCAAAUUCAGAGCAUACAUGUCUUUUAAAAGGGAUGUACAGAAUCAGUACCCUGAGUAUGAUGUAAUCUUUACAUAUAUUAAAAUGUCUGGCAGACUGCUAUAGUACCCAUAAUCGUGCCCUCUGUGCCCACUCGUUUACAAAGUGACUUUCUCUUAUCAAGAUAUUACUUUUUCCCCACUCCUUGAAUCUGGACUUCCCUUGUGACUUGGUUUAAUCAACAAAAUGCAGCCAAGUGAUGGCAUGUGACUUCAGGGCCUAGGCCUCAAGGGAUCUUCCCCUCUCAGAACACUCUCACUACCAAGUAAGGAAGCUCAAUUCUGAAUACUGGAUGAUCAGAGACCAUGUCAGGAGAGACAGUCCCAGCCACCAAAUUUACAGAUAGUUGGUGAGGUGAUCUUAAACUUUCCAGCCUCAGUCCUGGCUGCCUGAUGAUUAUAGCUGUACAAAUAAACACAGGCAAGAUGAGCAGAAGAACUGUCUAGCUGUUAUCAAUCAACUGACAAAGUAAUGAGAAACAAUAAACGGAUACAAGACACUAAGUUUUGGAUGGUUAAUUACACAGCAAUAUAUAACUGAGGUCAAAAAGCACAAGAAAAGCAAACAGGA